GGGCGGUGGGCAUGGUGGGGAUAGAGUUGGCGCCUCUCUGAUAAUCUAGGACUCUAAUGGCUGUCAAUUUUCUUGUUCGUAGUGUCUUGUAAUUAUAAUAUGAGCGAAACUAGUUUGGCGAGAUUCGUAUUUUCGAAAUGUAGAGAAGAUAUAUAUAAAGAGAGAGAGGUUUUUGCAAGGAGACAAAUUUGCGAAUGAAUUGGGAAUGACCGAUUAUAUGCGAAUGAAACAUAAUGGAAAUGUCUUUUUAAACGAUCAUAUAUUAUCGCAAAUUAUUUAAUAAAAAUGGAAUGCAAUGAAGAAGACUGGUCUGUGGAAUGUUCCGAUGAUGAAAAAUACGAAGUGGACGUGAAGCAUGAAUGGAAUAUAAAAGCUGAAGACAUAGUCUCAUUGAUUGAAGGUUUAGAAGCUAACAAUCGCGUUUUAGAACUUGAAUGGAAGUGUCCUGGUAGACGAGGACCAUCCCCUAUUCCCUCAAACAAUCGACAACAGGAUCAUGGAUCUCAGGAAUACAAAACCGAAGAAAAGUCCGACUUUGACUUUAUGGAUGAAAUGUCAUCGCCAAGACUACCCGUCCGUAGAGUCGGUGAGAGUACUCCAAAAGGUAGCGCCAAGAAGAAAACUGCCAGUUUCAAUGGAGUAUUAUCGACAAUGUUGAGACACCGUAGAUUGGAGCAACAAGAAAUCAAUUCCAGUCCGAAAAAAAGUGAAUCUCCUGGAUUAAAACCGCAUCCUUCCACUUAAAAACACAAAGUUUGUCUGUUUUAUGAAGUGAUUCAUGUGUGGUAAAUCAAAAGCUACAAAACACACAAGAUUGUAAUGUUGAAAUAAGAUUACUAUAAAGACAGAUAUUAUUCUGUGUACUAUCAAAAAUAGUUUUUAUUAGAAAAUAUGUGUUAAAGAAUAAGAUAUUACAUCUACUUGUGGGUAUCAUUAGUCAUCCUCAAUGAGGAUAUUCAUGUUAAGUUUCUACAGCUAUAAAAAUUAUGAUAUAUUUCUAUACAAAUUGUCUUUAUAAUAGUAAGAGGUGUAAAUAGAUAUUCAUUGAUGUAUUUACAAUAUUUUUUCUUGAUGCUAUAAACAUAAUGUACAAACAUGUACAAAUUUUACAUACAUAUUGUGUAUAUGCAAAAUUUGAUGUGUGAACAAAAAUAAAAAAAUAUAUAUUUUACAAA